AUGGCGCCGUCGAUAUCCGCCUAUAAUGUCGCGCAUGCUGACGAGCUACCGCGUCAGCGGCGGAAGCGGAGGACAAAAGCGCAGAUGGCGGCGGACAGGGCGAUCGCGGCGGCGUUCAAGCGGAAGCGAGGGAGGCCGAGCAAGUCGGACGUGCUAGCGCGACAGGCGCUGAUCAUGGCGGCGCACAGCGGCAUGCCCGUCACGGACCCCUCCAACAUCGACGCCAUUCUCGCCGCGCAGAACGCGUCGGCGCUCGUGCCCACGGCGACGGCGACGCGCGCGAGGAUGACCAAGUCGCAGCUGAAGGCGCGGCGGCUCAACCAGGCGGGCGGUGACGACGGCGCGGCGGUGCAGCCCGGUUGGGUGGGGCAGAACGUGCAGGGCGUGCUGGACGGCACGUUCGACGCGGGUUACUUUGUAACCAUCCGCGUUGGCAACACCAACACCAUUCUGCGCGGCGUCGUGUUCGCGCCUGGCGUCGCGGCGCCCCUGCCAUGGCCCGAAGACGCGGCGCCCAGGGUGCCCAAGCUGAAACGCGACGCGUCCAUCACUCUCCCUGCUGCUGAAGCUUCAGCAGCACCCACGGCAACAGCGGCAGCAGGGGAGGGUGGUGGAGCGGAGGGCGCACAGGAAGGGAAGGACGAGGCUGGGCCGGUGUGGGAGGUGGUGAUUUGA